CAGAAGGGCGAGAGCCGAGAGGUGGUUCCUGGCAAUGGAGCCCUGGUGACUAGUUCAGCUGUUCUCCCGUGCAGCGAGGUCUGGGGCAGCUAAGCGGUAAAACCUCCUCUGCUCACAAGGCAUCUAGGAGAAAAGCCUAGCCACGCUGGGGGCAGAGAUGAUCCUGCGCGCUCCAGCUGAGAAUUGAGAGUAAACCCCUUACCCCAUACACACUCUCAUCACAGGGCAAACACUUUCCCAUGCACAUUGACCUGCAGCGUGCACGCAAGCUUAGCCUGCAGCCAAGCGUUCUCCCGUGGUACUAAAGUUCAGUCCGCUUAGAGCCAUGGGGAAUGGGAUGAACAAGAUUCUGCCUGGCUUGUUCCUUGGCAACUUUAAAGAUGCUCGAGAUGCGGAGCAACUGAGCAAGAAUAAUGUUACACACAUUCUGUCAAUCCAUGACGGUGCUAGGCCUAUGCUUGAGGGAGUGAAAUAUCUGUGCAUUCCUGCUGCCGAUUCACCCUCACAGAAUUUGACAAGACAUUUCAAAGAGAGCAUCAAGUUUAUCCAUGAGUGCCGGCUUAGAGGUGAGGGCUGUCUUGUUCACUGUCUUGCUGGAGUCUCCAGGAGCGUAACUUUGGUAGUCGCUUACAUCAUGACAAUCACAGACUUUGGCUGGGAAGAUGCAUUGUCUAUUGUACGAGCAUCGAGAUCCUGUGCCAAUCCUAACAUGGGCUUCCAGAGGCAGCUACAGGAGUUUGAAAAACAUGAUGUUGACCAUUUCAGGCAGUGGCUGAAGGAAGAAUAUGGAGAAAAUUCUUUGCAGGAUGAGCAAGAAGCCAAAGUUCUUCUGAGUAAAUAUAAAGAGCAGGCAAUGAUGCAACCAGGUGCCGGAGGAAGACAGUGGAAUAAUAACUUUUCCUCACUGCCUUCCCUGUCAUACAACAACUACACAACAGAGACCUAAUCACUCCAGGCUGGAUUCACUUUCUUUUUUCCUUUGACCUGUUUAAAAACAGAUGUCACCAGUGUCCCCUCCACUCUCUACGGAAGUCAUGCGAGCUGUACCCUUGUGGAAAACUUGAUGAAAAUACUA